UACUUUCGGCUCAGUAUGGAGCAGUUUGAGAGUUUGCUGGGGAGAGUCGGACCAAGGAUCUCAAGGAUCCAUACAAAUUACCGGGAGCCAAUUUCUUCUAGGGAGCGUCUGGCAAUUUGUCUGAGAUACCUUGCAACUGGGGAUUCCUACACCACCAUCGCUUCUAGCUACAGAAUGGGCAUCUCCACUGUGGCAGACAUUGUGCCAGAUGUGUCCAAGGCCAUUUGGGACAGCCUGGUGGAUGAAUUUCUGCCUGUACCAAAGGUUGCUGAUUGGCAUGAGAUUGCUCUGGGCAUCCAAGAGAGGUGGAACUUCUCCAACUGUGUGGGAGCAAUAGAUGGGAAACAUGUGGUAAUCCAGGCACCACAUAAUUCAGGUUCCCAGUAUUUCAACUACAAGGGAACAUACUCUGUUGUACUUCUGGCAGUUGUGGAUGCAAGGUAUCUUUUUAGGGUGGUGGAUGUUGGAGCUUUUGGCCGGAACAGUGAUGGAGGGACCCUUGCUGCUUCCACCUUUGGAGAAGCCCUGCGAGAAGAGUCAAAACUGAAAACUGAGGGAACAAAGGGCCAGCGAACACAGAGAACCAAAGGACCAGAGAAUACAGGGAACCUAAAGGUCAAGAACACGGAGGACCUAAGGCUAGAGAACACGAGGGACCUAAGGCUAGAGGACAGUGGGGAACCUAAGGCUAGAGAACACAGGAACCAAGGGGCUAGAGAACACUAGGGAACCAAGGGGCAUCUUAACAAACCAGGGAACAAGAACAGAGGGCGUCUAAACAUGCCGGGGAACCAAGAACAGAGGGCGUCUA